AUGCCAGUAAACGAUAAUGUUGAUCAAGGCUUGGAGAAAAAAAUGAACAAAUCCUUGUCAUCAAAUUCAAAAGUAAAACAUUUUAAUCAACAAGAAUCACUAUUUCACAGUUAUGCAGAUUUUGAAGAAACACCAACAUGGGCUGCUGUGGUUACCGUUCUUGGUUAUGCCAUUCUCAGCGCACUUGGUUGGCUACGAGAUUUUCUUCGUAAUAUCGGCUUCGAAGAGAAAAAAACGGCCAAUGAUCCUAACCCAAAAGAUUUUGUACCACUUUAUCAAAGUUAUGAAUGUUUUUAUACACGAAAUUUAUAUACACGUAUACGUGAUGUAUUUAAUCAACCGAUAGCAAGCGUUGCUGGAGCUAAAGUUGAAGUUAUGGAACGUCUUUCAGAUGAUUUCAAUUGGACAUUUAAAUUUAGUGGUAAAAAACUUCCGUCCAUUAAUCUGGGCUCAUAUAAUUAUUUGGGUUUUGCGGAAAACCAAGGACCAUGUUCAGAACAAGCAAUUAAAUCUAUAGAAACGUAUGGUGUUACGACAACUAGUACUCGACAUGAAUUGGGCAAUCAACAAUAUAUGAAAGAACUUGAAUGUUUGAUGGCUGAAUAUUUAAACCUGGAAGAUUGUAUUGCUUUUGGUAUGGGCUUUGCAACAAAUGCACUAAACAUUCCAACAUUAGCUGGAAAAGGGGAUUUAAUACUCAGUGAUAGACUAAAUCAUACGUCACUUAUACUUGGUGCUCGUUUAUCUGGCGCCGCAGUACAUACAUUCGAUCAUAAUAAUAUCCAAGAUUUAGAAUCAAAAUUACGUGACGCUAUUAUUCAUGGUCAACCUCGGACAUGUCGACCAUGGAAAAAAAUUUUAAUUAUUGUUGAAGGUGUAUACAGUAUGGAAGGUUCAUUAUGUAAAUUACCGGAAAUCAUCGGAUUAAAGAAAAAAUACAAAGCUUAUUUAUAUGUUGACGAAGCACACUCUAUUGGUGCCAUCGGUCCACGUGGUCGUGGUGUCGUUGAUUAUUGGAAAGUUAAUCCCAAUGAUAUUGAUAUACAUAUGGGUACAUUCACGAAAAGUUUUGGAUCAGCUGGUGGUUAUCUUGCUGGAAAAAAGACGCUGAUUGAUCAUAUUCGUGUUUAUUCUCAUUCUGCAUGUUAUUCAUCGAGUAUGUCAGCACCAAUUGUUCAUCAAAUAAUAUCUGCAUUGAGUAUAAUUAUGGGUCGCGAUGGUACUAAUGAUGGUCAAAAACGUAUUCAACAAUUAGCUUGUAAUGUUCGUUAUUUUCGUCGGCAACUCGUUGAUAUGGGUUUUAUUGUUUAUGGUAAUGACAAUUCACCUGUUGUACCCGUGAUGAUUUUUAUGCCAGCUAAAAUAGCAGCGGUUAACCGAGAAAUGUUAAAACGUGGUUGUGCUGUUGUUACUGUUGGUUUUCCAGCGACUGCAUUAACUGAAUCACGUGUACGGUUUUGCAUAUCAGCUGGCCAUACAAAAAAGAUGCUUGAUCAUGCAUUGAGAUCAAUGGAUGAAGUCGGUCAUCUAGUAUCUCUUCGUUAUUCAAAACAAAAUCACCAUCGUCGUUGGCAUGAACUGAACCAUGCUGAUUAUGAUAAAGAGUAUUUAUCAUAA